GGGACAGCGAGCAUUACUGAGCUUCGAGAUCAGAAUGCAGGAAACGCCGAGGUUCGGGAAGUGGCUGCAUCUCAUUUUAGAAGAAAUUCUGGAGCCCUAUCACACCGGAGGAGUAGAAAACAUGGGAGACCAGAUGAAAGUCUUCAGAAGCAAUCUCGACGAUUCUGAAGGAAAUUAUGAGAAUGUCAUACCUCGAAACAGAACAGCAGCAAUGAAAGUAAAGUCAGGUGUGCCUUCAUCUGUGCUGAUUGCCAAUCAUAUAGGUUGCCUCUCUUCGAGAGCAUCUAUGAUCAUCCUUUACAUCUCCGUGUGUGUAUCCCUGUUGAUGGCAACAGCUGCUUUUCUGCUGGCCUGUUUGAAAUUAAUCCCUCAGUGUCCAGAAGGCUGGUUGAAGUUCCAGGCAAAUUGCUACUAUUUCUCUGCUGAUCAGCACCCUUGGGAGAAGGCAAUGAGUAUCUGCCAAAGCCUCAGCGCUCACCUGGUGGUGAUUGAAAAUAAUACAGAUAAACAGAACUUUCUGGACCAUCAAAAAAAUUCUAGUUACUGGAUUGGCCUCAGGAGGUACCCUAAAGGAAAGUGGAUGUGGAUGAAUGGCAUGCCUUUACUUGAGAAAACUCAAACGAUCGAAAAUAAUGAAACAAAAGACUGUAUGUAUAAUUCAGUAGAAAAUUCUAAAAGUAAGAAAAAGAAAACUGUUUGUACAGAAUAUUUUCCUUAUAUUUGUGAAAAAGAACAAGCAUAAGAAAUGUUACAUGCAAUUUUGUAAGGUUUACAUUUUCAUUUUGAAAAACCAUGUAGUUCAUAAUUUGCUAGUUUCUAUCUAAUUUCUUUUGGAGUUGCAGUUUUUCAAAUGCUGCAAUAAUCAGAAUAAGACAUUCCAGUUAAGAACUGGUGCUAGCUAGGAAGCAUCGUUUGUCUGUUCUUGGUUUUUUGUUUUUAUUUUAUUGAAACAAUAAAGAUGAGGGUA